AUGAGCCCACCAUUAUCAUCAUCAACCAACUCGCAGCAGCAGCAUCACAAUGUAAUCAACGAGGAAACGAACGCUAGUGUGAAUCGGGCCAACAUCAUAUCUAAAUUGACAUUUCAACUGGUACAGCAUACGCUUGGACAUGCUCAUCAGGAUAGAUCUGUCUUGGUCUUUUAUUUGGAUUUAGACCAUGUUCAUCAAUAUGCUAUGAGGAUAUUAGCAAGUCGGUUGACUGUUCCAAGUUCGCAUGAUGUCUUCAAAUUAGUUGAUACGAUGAAGAAAAAUUUGGCAAAGAGAGACAAUCGUCCUGAGAAGGCUGCUGAACUAGGAACUUUGGUUACAAAGCUAUCCAUCAAAAAAGUACCACAGGACAAGUGGUCUGUUCUGUAUUUUCUCAACUCGCUGAGUGACAAGUUGGUCUUUUCACAUCUGGAUGGUGCUUCGUCUACGGCACGUGAUGAACCAUGGAUUCCAUCGUCUCAUAUUAUGGCUCCUCAAAAAGACAUUCCACCGACAUCUGCUGCUGCUCCCAGAUUACAAUCAUAUUCACCAACUCGAACGAAACAAUCGAAAGGUAGCUCUUCUCCGAAUCGACAACGAGCUGAUAUAUAUUAUUCGUCUACAAGGGCUAUUCGAGAGGUCGAUUUGGUUCGAGAUAUGAUUUACGUCUUUCAAGGAAUUGAUGGCAAAUUCGUCAAGUUUGAUAUAUCACAAGAUACGUAUGUGGUUGAUCCAGAUGUCGGAAUUCCACAACCAACACAAGAUAUUCUCACGAAGUUAUCUGAAUUGGGAUAUCUAUAUCGACGAAUACAAGAGUUUUUGGAUUCAAGUAAACUAGACACUUCGAUUGGGUUGGUUGGACAGAGUUUAUGUUCAGCUCUAUUCCAAGAACUGACUGAUUAUCAUCGUCUGGUGGCUAUUCUGGAGGGACAAUUGAAUAUACCUGAUGCAUCAAGCAUUCCCUCAUUCUUUGUGGCAUCUGGGUUGUCAUUACGACGACUUGUUAUUUGGACGCAUGAGCCGUUACAGAGGCUGCGUAUGAUGGGUGUCAUUGCUGAUUUGUGUUCAGGUCAUCGUGGAGGGGCACUGAUAUCGCUUAUAUACAAUUACAUCAAUCAUGGUGAUCCGUUCGUACAGCAGUUUAUAAAUCACCUUCUUGUGGAGGUUUCACGACCAUUUUAUGAAAUGUUGACACGAUGGAUUUAUGAAGGCGAAAUUGAUGAUCCAUUCAAUGAAUUCUUUGUCAUGGCUGAUCCAAGUGCUGAUGAUCAGAAUCUAUGGAGGUCAAAGUAUUCUGUGAGACAAGACAUGCUUCCCAGUUAUAUACCCAAAGCUGUUGCUCGAAAGAUCUAUUUGAUCGGAAAGUCUCUCAACUUUAUACGGAUCAGUUGUAAAGAUUCGACGUUUGUCGUGUCCAACAAAGGAAUUCAUGGCUCGCAAGGAUUAGAAUAUGGAGAUCUACACGCUUUAGAAACAAUAGUAGAAUCAGUCUAUACCAUCACCAGCAAAACUUUGUUGGACAUUCUCUUCAAUCGAUACAAGCUCAUGGAACACUUUGCUGCUCUCAAGAGAUUCUUGUUGUUGGGUCAAGGAGACUUUGUGCAAUAUCUGAUGGACUCAUUAGGAUCGAGUUUAUCCAAACCAGCUAGCACCUUGUAUCGACACAAUCUGACUGGUACAUUAGAAGCUGCCAUACGAUUAUCAAAUGCUCAAUAUGAUGAUGUUGAUGUGCUAAAGAGAUUGGAUGUCAAGAUCUUGGAGGUCUCGCCUGGUGAUUUGGGAUGGGACGUGUUUACAUUGGAGUAUCAUGUGGAUCCACCGAUAAGCACUGUAUUCACGCCACAAACUAUGCAUCAGUAUGGCAAACUCUUUACAUUCCUAUGGAGGCUGAAACGAGUAGAACAUGCUUUAUCUUCAGCUUGGAGACAGCAAAUGACACGAGCUCAAUUGUUUCGCCAGGUCGAAGGAAUUGCCGCUGAUUUCCAUUAUUCAAACGUGAUUUGGUCGGAAAUGAUUCAUUUCACGUAUCAGUUGCAGUAUUACAUUCUGUUUGAGGUGUUGGAGUGCUCUUGGGAUGAGCUAGUCAGUUUCAUCAACAAGAAAUCCGGAGACCUGGAUUUACUGGUUCAAGCACACAACAAGUACCUUAAUGGUAUCAUUACGAAAGGGCUGUUGGCGUCUGGAUCCUAUACUCCGUCAAAUCAAAACUUGUUUCCAAGGCUUAUGAAGUUGUUUGAUACGAUACUUCAGUUCCGAGUUGCUCGAGACAUGCUGUAUCAUCAUGCUAUGACAGAAUUAAGGCUAAAACAAGUUGAAAAUCAAGGCACAUACAAAAAGAAUUUGGAGGGUCGUGUUGGGCUAAGUGAAUCGGAUGACAAACCUCCACCACCUUCACAAUCAACAACAUCCAGUACAGAAAAUACUUUACAGACUGUUCGACAGAAUAUGAAGGAUAUCGCGAUACUAUUUCGGGACGAAUUGUCUGCCUUGAUCACCAUGAUAUCCAAGCACCCUGAUACUAGUUUACGAUUCUUGAGUUUCAGACUCAAUUUUAAUGAGUUUUAUUCGGAGCAGUGA